GGAUCGCAAUGAGCCAUACACUAUCGAUUCGUCGUUUCGAUCGGUAUGAAACGACGGAUCGGACAGAUCGAUCGUACCGUGUAUGGGACCUUUAAGGUUUUAUCUGAAUGUGAAAUUGACAGUUGUCAAUUCGCCAUGCUUUUCAGCAUCUGGUCUUCUAUUCUUUAGAGCCAUGGCUACAAAAACGAAAAUUGUUGAACGUAAUGGCGUUUUAAAAAAUACAGGUAAUUUAUCGGUAUGGACAAAGGCUAUCACUUCCAAUUCUGAAUGGCUGGAUAAGGACGAAUUUCUAGAUGUCAUUUAUUGGGCCAGACAAGCAUUAGGUAUUAUAUUGGGAGUAAUAUGGGCCCUAAUUCCUUUAAAAGGCUUUGUAGGUUUAUUAUUUUUUGCACUCGUAAAUGCUGGAGUUGUGUAUGUAUACUUCAGUAAUUUUCAAAGCGUUGAUGAAGACGAAUACGGUGGUGCUUGGGAGCUAACGAAAGAAGGAUUUAUGACGUCAUUUGCUGGAUUUCUAGUGACUUGGAUUAUUAUAUAUUCUGGACUUUAUUAUGAAUAAUUGUCCAGACAACCUAUAACCAAAUAGCAAUACAAAUACAAUUACUUCGAUAUACCUAACGUAUAUUCGAUGUUAUUUAUUCAUAUAUGAUCUUUUACAGGUUGUCAGUGUUAAAGGGCCAAAUAUUCACGAUUUAUUUGUUAGAUUAGAUAUAAAUGGGUCUUUUUUUAUGAUGAAUUAUAAAAUAUUUAACUUGA